GAACGUACUCGCUUGUAACAUUACGGUAUCGCCAUGCUACUAUAUAGGGUGUUUCAAAAAUCAUCGAUAAGCAUCUCUAUCGUGCUCUACACGUGCAAAAUGUCAAAAUCUACAAUUGCAUUAAUUACCUUCAAUAUUUUUUUAUAGUAUAAUUGAAAAAGAUUUUUAUUAAAAAUUAUAGAAAUUAUUACACAUUACCUAAGUUUCGUAUUGUAAUACACUGUGUUGUGUAAUUUUUAAUUUAUGACUUGAAUAACAGUAAAUAGCGUAUACAUUGCGAAUAAAGACGCAGUUGUAACGCUGAUGUAAUGGCGUGUAUAUAAUAAAUUUAUUUAUUUAUUUGCGUAAAAAACUAAAGAGACGAAAGAUGAAAAAUAAAAGAAAUUAAAAGUCCGGUUAUAUUAAGUUUCUCAGUCAGUUAAAGAGAUUGUUGUUAAAAAUUGAUGCUACUUUUGCUGCGUAUUGUAUUUCAAUAGUUGAGUAAACAUUUUUAUACGUUGUGUUUAUUGCAGUAUCGUGUAAUCGUGUAAACGAGACAUCAAAUAUGUUGCGCAGUUAUCUUUCGCUCAAUACACGCUACGUAUCAGUUUUUAGACAAGUUGAUCUUCUCGCCAUUUCCACUAAUUGGAAUAACGCAAUAAAUCGCUUGUAAACUGCAGUUUGACCGGAUGAUUGAACAAUCAGGUUUCGCGGAGAAAGUUGCUUCUUGUUAAUGCACUAUGAAAUAAAUGUCAAAUGUUUGAGACACGAAAAUUAGCGGAUUUCAAUUGUUGGAAGAAAACUAUUCAUAUUGUUUUAGUUUGUUUUAUUUUAAUUUAUAAUUGUACGUAAUUAUUAUCAAAAAAAAAAAAAAUUAUCAUCUAUCUCCUAAUCACAAAACUUAUGUUUACAUUCUGUUUUGAGGUUUUUUUUGUUGUGGUGCUUAUAUAAUAUUAAUAGCUAAAAAAGAAUAAGUAUCUAUAAUAAAACAUUUUUUUGCAACGUUGCGUGAUCUGCACUUCAAACAUUAGACAAUUGAAGAUAAUCCAAGCAACCUAGCGCGAUAUUUCGUGUCAGUUCGCAUUGUCGUGACAAAAUAGCGUUUGCGAAAUUCGCGACAGCUUAGUCAGAGAUUGCGACGUUAACGAUCUGUAAGUCGAAUCCCCCGGUAUAUACAUACGUACAUUGUGUGUAAUCUCAAUCUGUUAUCAUGCUCAUACAUUUAUCACUUCGUCGUACGACGAGAUAAAAAAUUGGUGGUGACAUAAUUCAGCUAUAUUUGAUACGAUUUUUGUCGUAAUAUUCCUUUAUGUACACAAAAAAAUUAAAAAUGCCGCUGUUCAAGGCGCGAGCCACGCCGAGAUCUCCGAUAGCGGAGAAAGCCGCGAACGGUGUGCAGUAUCGCAACUGCCGUCAACAUCAGGUCAACAAUGACAACAAUUGUGACAGCGGCGCGAGCGGUAACGGGACUGGUGGCCAGUCGAGCAAUCCUCUUCAGCAUGAACAAAAGACUAGGAAGUCAUCCCAGGAGUCGAAACUGCCUUCGCUAGUCUUUCAUUGUCAGCUGGCCCAUGGUAGUCCUACGGGAUUAAUAUCGGACUUCAGCAAUGUUCGCGAACUGUACCAGAAAAUUGCUGAUUGUUACGAUUUGCCUGCGGAAGAGAUUCUCUUUUGCACACUCAAUACGCACAAAGUGGAAAUGGCGGAAUUGCUAGGCGGACAAAUUGGCGUUGGCGACUUCAUAUUUGCACAUAAAAAAGGUCGGCCGAAAGAAAUCGAACUGAUAAAAACGGAUGACGCGUUGGGUCUGACGAUUACUGACAACGGCGCUGGUUACGCUUUUAUAAAGCGUAUAAAAGAAGGCUCUGUGAUCGACAGAAUAAAAGUUAUCGAGGUGGGUGAUCACAUCGAGAGGAUUAACUCGAUCAGCCUCGUUGGCAAACGACAUUUCGAAGUGGCGAAGAUGCUAAAGGACAUACCGAAAGGAUCGACGUUCACAUUAAGACUUAUCGAGCCGCUGAAAAACGGUUUUGGUAAUAUUGGGCCGCGUGGUGAUCACAGAAAAGGGAAGAAAGCUAGCUAUGGAUCUGGUAAAGAGACCUUGAGAUUCAAAGCCGAUGGUAGUGCGCAAAUAGAACAGGUUGACGAUGCCGCUGUAUUAGGCGUAGAAAAAAUCAACACCAUCUUGGAAAGCUUUAUGGGUAUUUCGGACACAGAAUUAGCCACGCAAAUCUGGGAGCUCGCCGAGGGCAAGUGCAACAGUAUAGACUUUGCCGAGGCAAUAGACAACUCCGACUUGGAAGACUUUGGUUUCACCGAUGACUUUGUGAUUGAAUUGUGGGGCGCUGUGACAGAUGCCAGAGCGGGUCGACAUCGAUGACGCAAAGAUUAGUAACGAAAUACUAAUAAGAACAUACAAGCAAAUUCCGGAAAAAAAAAAA